AUGGACAAAAAGGACGCCCCCAAAGAAAUAGACACAUCUUUGACAUUAACACUGUCAACCGAUUUCCCAAACACUUCUUCAAAACCCGAACCUCAACCAGAACUCGAAAAAGAAGUUCGGAAAGAAUCUGCUCCAGAGUCGCCAACCGAGCCAGAAUACCCCAGUGGCCUCAACCUCGCUCUCAUAACUGUAGCUUUAUGUCUAGCAGUCUUUCUCGUUGGCCUGGACCGCACAAUAAUAACAACUGCCAUUCCAAAGAUAACGAACGAAUUCAACUCCCUCUCAGACAUCGGCUGGUACGGCUCGGCUUACUUACUGACAAGCUGUUCCUUCCAACUCAUGUACGGCAAAAUGUACAGCUACAUCUCUGUCAAAUGGACUUUCUUGGGAGCCAUAGCAUUGUUCGAAGGCGGAAGUGCGCUUUGUGGAGCUGCACCUAGUUCGAAGGCGUUGAUUAUUGGGAGGGCGUUGGCGGGUUUUGGGUGUGCUGGGAUCAUUUCUGGGGCUUUGGUUAUCAUUUCUUUGAGUAUCCCGAUGCAUAAGAGGCCGAUCUAUACUGGGUUGAUUGGUGCCGUGAACGGUGUUGCUUCAGUUGUUGGACCACUUCUUGGAGGAGUCUUUACCGAUAAAGUAUCAUGGAGAUGGUGCUUCUACAUCAACCUCCCCAUCGGCGCAGUAACACUCAUCGUCAUAACACUCCUCUUCACCGAUCCUCCGAACGAAAAAACAGCAGCAAUGACCGCCGCUGAACGACGCCGACAAUUCGACCUCUUCGGCACUAUCUUCUUCGUUCCCGCUAUUGUCUGCCUCCUCCUCGCUCUCCAGUGGGGAGGUGAACAAUACCCAUGGGGAAGUUGGCGUAUCAUCCUCUUAUUCGUCAUGUUUGCCCUUCUCUCGACAAUCUGGGGAAUCAUUCAAUGGAAGAAAGGCGCCCUCGCAACACUUCCUCCGCAUAUUAUCUCGCAGCGUUCGGUAGCUUUUGGAGUCUGGUCGACGUUCUGUUUAGGAGCUGCGUUUUUGUUGGUCACUUAUUUCUUGCCGUUGUGGUUCCAGGCUAUCAAAAAUACGAGUGCCACUGGUUCAGGUGUGGAUUAUUUGCCUACGGCUGUUUCUGUGACUUUCACUUCGAUCGGCGCUGGGUUUGUUACAACAGCAAUUGGAUACUACGUCCCCCUCAUGCUUGGCUCUUCAGUGCUAAUGUCCGUCGGCGCUGGCCUCAUGACGAUCUUCACUCCCACAACCUCGACCGGUCUUUGGAUCGGAACACAAAUUCUCUUUGGUGCUGGAGCAGGAAUGGGAAUUCAACAACCGAUGAUGGCAGUCCAAGCCGUCCUAAACCCAAUCGACAUUCCAGUCGGUAUCACAGCCAUAAUCUUCGCUCAAGCCCUCGGCGGCGCAGUCUUUCUCUCCAUUGGGCAAAGUGUUUUCCAGAAUAAAUUGGUGAUUAAGUUGAAAGAGUGGGUUCCUGGUCUGGAUCCUGAGAUUGUGAUCGCGAAUGGAGCGUGGGGGCUGAGGAAGAAGGUGGAGAGCUUGGGGAUCCAGUGGGUCAGUGGGACGCUAGAGGCGUACAAUGAUGCCGUGGUUAUUACUUUUGUGGUUGCGACGGCUAUGGCCGCGUUGAGUAUGAUUGGAGCGCUUGGGAUGGAAUGGAAGAGCGUGAAAAGGGUGGAUAAGAAGGAGAAGAUGGAGGAUAUGAUUGAGGGUGAGGCUGUGGUGUGAAUUGUUUGAUUUGGGCUCAUUGGGUGUUUGUGGAAAUGUGGAGAUAGUUGGGACAUUCUAG